AUGGCAGCCAACGUUCCUGACUCGACCCGCAUCCUCAGCGUCCAGUCCCAUGUAGUAUCAGGCUAUGUCGGCAAUCGAUCUGCCACCUUUCCCCUUCAACUUCUCGGCUGGGAUGUAGACGUAACCAACACAGUCCAGUUCUCCAAUCACACUGGCUAUGGUCGGUGGGGUGGACUCCGAUUCGAUGCAGACCACCUCUCCGACAUUUUCUCCGGACUUGAAAAGAACGGUCUUCUCCGAUACUCGCGCAUGCUCACCGGCUAUAUGCCCUCCGCAGCCGUCGUUCAAACCGUUCUCGAACUAGUCAAAAAACUCCGCACAAGGCAAGGCGCACAAGAAAGAGGCCUCAUCUACCUGCUCGACCCAGUCAUGGGAGACAUGGGCAGAGGAAUGUAUGUUGCGCCCGAAGUCCUACCUAUCUACCAAGAAAUGCUGCAGUAUUCAACGAUCAUCACACCCAACCAGUUUGAAGCUCAAGCAUUGACAGGUAUCAAUAUCACUGGUCUUCAGAGCUUGAAGAACGUCAUCCUGACGCUGCACAAGAAGCAUAAAGUGCCGCACGUUAUCAUUACUUCUGUUGAGUUGCCGGAUGAAGAUCUUGCUGCUAUUGGUGCUCAUAAGACACUGCCUGAUGGUAGACCGGCGAUGCUGCAAGUCGGAUCUAGCUGCGAUAUUUCUCUCGAUGCCAGCGGGGAGAGACAGGCGCCAGAAUUGGAAGACCAGGGAUUGGAGAUCUGGUCGAUUCAGUUCCCGGAAGUUCAGGGAUACUUUUCGGGUGUGGGUGAUAUGUUCGCAGCGCUGACAUUGGGAAGGUUUCAACCAGAAAGCCAAGACUCAGCUGCUGAUGGAGCAGUGAAUGGAGAAACAGGCAAGCCGCUGACUCCGAUAGCAAAAGCAAGCGAGCUGGCUAUUGCUAGUCUUCAAGGAAUCCUCAGCAAUACAUGCAAAGUCAUUGACGAGUUAGAAUCAAACGUAGGCAACAAGGGCGAUCGUGUAGAUGAGGCGCAAGCGAAAGUGGACCGGAUGAGGAGAAGAGAGCUGAGAGUGGUUCAGAGUAAGAAGGAGAUCGAGUCUCCUACUAUUGUGUACCGAGCGAAAUGGAUCGGUGCAUGA